AUCAGACGGACAAACGUAGCAAAAUGUAGAUUCUACACACCGUAGUGAUUUACAAGAAUCACCGCCAAUGUGGGUUUCGGGAGGACACAGACUGACUGUGUCAGAAAUGGUUUGACAAUUUAAUGGGACGCGUUCCCUUUUUGUCUAACUGUGGCUCGCUAGCUUAGCUCUCCGGCUAGGUCUAGCUCUUCGUCUGUAGCGACCAGACUUAAAUUUGCCCGAUUAACCAGCAGGCAUCUCGCUCCGCGGCUAAAACGGACUUUAAAGCGUACGCAAUCUGGAUGCAGUAACGCGCUACGGUAAUAACCCGACUUACAGCGUUUACUUAGCAAGUUAAGAUACAGUAGGUGCCAACGAGCAUUCCGGUUAGAUUCGGCUUCGAACAGUCGCCUAUGUAAUGGAAAUAUCUUCCACAACAGCUCGCCCACAGUGUCAACACACUGAGACGAAGGGUGUCCGAGAAUUCGGAGAAUUUAGUCUUAAUUUUAGGAUUGAGGAUAAGCUGCUCACGGUAGCUCACCCAGCAAGUUUCAGAGCGGAAAUGUAGCUUUCCGACCUGAAGAGAUUAGAGGCGCGGCUUCGCGUCAAAAUGGGCAGAAGUUAGUCAAAAGCACAACUCACACGUUCGCUCCGAAGGCGAAGAUGGGAUAAAUCAAAGUACUGUCUGUAAUUUGCGGACAAUUUGAGAUCGGAGAUCUUCCACCGUCAAGUUUCCACCAGGACGUCUCCCGGAAGAGUGACUUCAGCGGAAUAAUUUCCGGGUUUUUUUUUUCAAAAUAAGACAUCAAAGUGAAACACAGAGCUUUUAGAUGUUUGGAAUCAGAUAUAUCGCAGAUAUAGAAGUCUGGAUACGCUCGCCAUAUUGUAAGGAGAAACUGGUUUAGCUCAGCCCUAUUGUAGCGUUGUGGUUUUAGGCUCUUUUAUGAAAGAGGAACCAUGCUACGUAUUAAUUCGGAAUAUUAAUUUUUAAUAAAUCAAUAACCAAAUUUUAUAUUGUUAAGAAGACUCAAAGGUUGUUUUCAUCGAUAAACUGACGAUAAUAUCUGUGUGUCUGUGUUUCAGUUCAAUGAGGAAACCAGUUUGACAAUUAAAAGAUUUAAUUCUUCAAAUUAAACUAAUGAUUUUGAAAUUGACAAACAGGAAAUAACAAUCAACAUUGGCAACUUGUGGGACAAUCUUUAACAGUUGAUAUGAUCAAAUAGACCUUGUGGUGAAUUUAUGAAGAUUGAGAAUGUUGUGAUAUGAAUGCGUGUGUGAGUCUGAUUUUGCUUCAGGAAGAACAGGUGUCUGAGUGAAGUGAUGGUUUGGAUAAACUUAGGUCUUAUCAGAGAACUGCAUCAAACGCUAAACACCGUGCUCUGUCUCACCGAACUCUUGUGGACCCUCUUUCGGAUCCGGGCCGUGGAGGAUGUUGGUGGUUCAUCCAGAUGACACCAGCGGCUGACAGGGGAGACGUAGGUGUCGAAUGGAACCGGUCCAGAGUUGCCCUCGGUACACGUUGAUGACUAGACCCAGAUACUGCAGGAUUGACCAGAGUGUCCCAGUCCUGGACCGUUUCUUCAACCAGCAAGGUCCGAGACCAGACUUUCAUUUGAGCAGGGAGUCCCUUUCAGUGCUGCUGAAUCUGCUGAACCAAGAUCGGCGUCAUGGUUGGGGUGCCACAAUUGAGACCCUGUUGUUUCUUUUCUGGUUGGCAAGUGAAGCAUCUUACAGGGUGGUCUCCAGAGCGUUCGGGAUACCUCGUUCGACUGUCCACCGCAUCGUCCACAGAGUCACGGAGGAGGUUGUGGCCAUUCGCCACCAGGUCAUCCACCUUCCAAAAACCCCUGAAGACCUGGAGGUGGUGUCCCAGGGGUUUGCAGGGCUGGCACGGCAUGGAGCUUUUUUUUUAAAGCUGCAGGUGCCAUUGACGGCUGCCACAUCAGGAUCAAGCCUCCAAGCGGCCCUGAUGGUCACUGCUACAGGAACAGGAAACUGUUCCCCUCCAUCAUCCUGCAGGCUGUGUGUGACCAUCAUGGCCGCUUCAUUGACACUUACAUGGGCUGGCCGGGUGCGGUGCACGACUCCAGGGUGCUCCGCCACAGCCCGCUGUACAGGCAGUCAGUCUACCCUCCUCCAGGGCGCUUCAUCCUCGCAGAUGGUGGGUACCCAUGCCUGCAAAGCCCACUCCCACUCAUCACUCCCUACAAACAUGGGAAUCAAGGUGUGGCUGCCCAGCGCUUUAACAGCCAUCAUUCCAAGGCACGCUCUGUGAUAGAGCGUGCCUUGGAAUGAUGAAAACCAGGUUCAGAGCCAUCUUCCGCAAGCGCUGGAGGUCCACCCCACCUUUGUGCCUCAUGUUGUUACCGCUUGUGCCAUCCUCCACAACAUCUGCCUCAGUGCUGGAGACUUUGUGGCGGCGGAGGAUGAGCCUGAGGAGGAUGGUGGAGAUGAUGAGGGGGAGGCUGGUUUGGAGGAUGUCAGCGGUGCACGCUGGCGGGACCAGCUGUGCUGUGAGGUGUCUGCCCUGGAGGAGGUUCCACUGGACCAUGACUACUGUUACCAGUCUUGGUCAUGUAGCAGCCGUCGACAGCCAGCCCUGCAAACCGAUGGACGAUGCAGUGGACAGGCAAGACACAUCUUGAAGCUCUUUCUGCAGACCACCCAGUAGGAUGCUUCACUUGUCAACCAGAAAAGAGCAGCCACGGGUCUCAGCUCCAGCACUCCAUCCAUGACAUUCAUCUGUUCAGCAGAUCCAGCAGCCCUGUUAGAGACUUCCUGCUUCAGAGUUGUUGAAACGGUUUUGGAACAGGACACUCAGGCUAAUCCUGCACCAAAUAUGCAUUUUACUUUUCUUUGUCAGAUAUUUCUCUUAUUUUGUAUGUUUCCCUUCAUGAUUUUGUGUAUAUAUGUUCAACCAUGUUCAAACAAAAUAGUUGUAAAUAAAAGUAUUAAGUUUGAUCCAUUUCUCCAUUAUUUUCUCAAUUAUAUUUUUUGUUUAAUACUUUAAAACAUUACAGGUUACAGAAAAGAAUCUUGAAGUUCAUUUUAAUACUGUUUCAAGACAUUCUCAAUAUUUUUUAUAUGUCACUGCAGCUUCCUUUACAUGAGUGAUACUGGUGCUUUUAACUUAAAUAGUUGACCAACAGUCCACUGUGGUGCUUUUAGAGGCAAUUCAAAUGCACCCACAAUAGGCUAAAUUUGAUUGUUUUUUUUUAUUAAAAUGAUUAAAAUCACACACUUAAAUAAUGUUUUUGGGACUGUUGGAGAGCUAAUUCAGAGAAAACAGUUUGCAAAGCUGAGCCUGAGCAAAGAUGUGAUAAUAGUUUUUAAUACUUUCUAAGGGCAGCCUCAUGUCCUCCCUGAUCAGCUCCAGAAGCUGGUCAUCGCUGUCCCUUCUCCUUUUUCUUCCACCUGGCUGACUUCCUCCUGGCUGAGCAUCUUCAUCCUCACUCUCCUCCCUUUCCUCCACUGCUGUACUUUACCCUGGAGUGUCCUCACGGAUAGAGGCAAUUAGGACAGGCAGACUGGUUGAGGGUCUCUGUCCUAAUACCUCAUCCAUGAGGUCAAACCAGGGCCGAGUAGCAGCAGUGGGUUUCCCACUAACCCCCUCUCCUGACCCUGGAUACUUGCAAUCCUAGAUAAUAAAAAAAAAUGUCAGUUUACACAAAUAACUACAAACCUGUUUAAGCUUUUAAGAUUUAGCGUGUAUACAUGUUAUAUUUUUCCACACGCAUCUACAUACUUAAUAUUUUUUCUUUAAAUUAUCCCCUUUUU